AUGUGUGAAGUCAUCUAUUGUGAAGUGGUAAUAAGCUAUGACAGUUUCAGACGCUUACCGCCUCCUCUGUUCAGAUACGAGUAUUUCUUUGCCCUAUUGCGUGAUUUCCCAGACUUGAAGUUCACAAUAAAUGGAGGCAUAAACUCUGUGGUUGAGUCUCUGGCACAUUUUGGGACAUGCAGUGGGAUUACAAGGCAACAGCUCGAAGAUUAA